AUGGCUGAUAACAACUCAUCGGUUGGUGGUGAGGUCUCACCGAGGCAGAUUAAUGAAAAGAUCAUUAUUGUGCAGAUCCUGGUGAUGAUAUUUCUUUGCAUUAACUUUUUGCUCAUUGUAACCUUUUUCAGAAAGGAUUGCUUCUACACAACUGCACGCUACAUCUUAUUUGCUGUUACACUUCUGUCUGAUAGCUUUAUAUUACUUAUGUCUAAUAUUCUGCUCAUCUUGGCCCAUUUUGAAUUUACCAUACAAGUUUGGUUAUGUAUCAUUAUCUCUGUUGUGGUACUUCUGUAUGUAAUAGUCACACCAGUUACUCUGACAGCAAUGACUCUGGAGCGAUAUGUGGCCAUUUGCAUGCCCCUUCAGCAUGCAGAGCUGUGCUCAACAUGGAAAGGGCUGAAAACAGUAAUUCUUCAUGGUUUCCAGCUGCUCCUCUGUCUCAUCCAGCUGUGGUGUCCAUUAAUAGAAGCUGCUGUAUUUCAAAUUGAUUUAAUUUUAUUUAUUAAUGUCAGGUACUUUAACUACAUAAUGUUUAGUCUUACUCCAAGAUGUCUGAGUCCUCUUAUUUAUGGCCUCAGAGAUGAAACAUUUUUUCAUGCUCUGAAAAACUAUUUCUUGUUUGGCUUGUAG